AUGCAGCAGAACUCGAGAGGCGCCCCCGAGCAGAGGAGCGGUAAGCGCAAGUCGAUCGGCAAGAGGAAGCUUUCUGAUCAAGAAGAGGCGGCAUUUCGGUCUCAGAAUUCGCAACAGCAUCCGCAGCAGCAACAACAGGCGACCAUCUCCGAGCUCUUAUCCAGGAACCAUACCCACAGCAAGGGUUAUCCCCCCCAAUCCCCUCCAUCGAACAAGCGUCCUCGGCUAUCAUCGCCAUCAUCGCACUCGCGGGCUCCAGUUUCGUCACAGGAGCUUCAACCGCCAGACAAGAUGUACAAUUUUUCGAAUUCGGAACAUAGAACAGGUGGAGCGUUUGCGCAGAGCUCCCCGGCCAACACGACAGUCAAACCCCAUUUCUCGAACACAUCAUCGCGUCAGAGCAAUUUUACCCCUCAUACCGGUGCAAAAAGGCUUGUGGUUAAGAAUCUCCGGACCGGUUCGCGGUUGAAUCAGGAUUCCUACUUUGACAAGGUCUGGGCACAGCUGGAUGCAGCGCUGAGCGCCGUCUUUAGCAGCGGAAAGCCCGAGAUUUCACUGGAGGAGCUCUACAAGGGAGCAGAGAAUGUGUGUCGCCAGGGAAGAGCCGUGGUGUUGACCCAACAGCUGCAGGACCGAUGCCGAGCGCACGUGUCUGGGAGUCUGCGGGACGAGUUGCUGGCAAAGGCAGCUGAUGGGAGUAAUGUGGAUACAUUGCGGGCUGUGAUUGACGCAUGGAACACUUGGAAAUCGAAGUUGCGUCGGUUUGAGUUUGUCUUUCAAAUGAUUGAUGAAGUCUUCCAGGUCACCAUCCGGUGGAUCUUCUACUACCUCGACCAAUCUUUCCUACUUCAUUCCAAAGAGUUUCCAGUUAUCCGUGAAAUGGGCUUGAUCCAGUUUCGGAAUCACAUAUUCUCCGACCCUGUAUUACAACCGAAGGUUCUACAAGGGGCUUGUGACCUAGUUGACGCAGACCGCAAUGAGGAUCAUGCUAUGAUGGCCGAUUCUUCUUUGCUCCGAAAUGCUAUUGAACUCUUCCAUGGACUUGAUGUCUACACAACAAGCUUCGAGCCUCUCCUUCUUUCCGAAUCGAAGCGAUUCUUCGUAUCGUGGGCUCAGCGAGAGUCCUCCGGUUAUCUUGCCACAUUUGUGGAGAACGGCCAUAAUCUAAUCGCGAGAGAAGUCAAACGCUGCGAGCUAUUCUCGUUGAACCGAAGCACCAAGCAGAAACUGUCUGAACUUCUCGAUCGUGUCUUGGUAGCAGAUCAAGAGUCGGUGUUGCUUAAUGAGAAGGACGUUCUUGGGUUGCUUCGGACUGGCAACAAGACUGCUCUGGAGAAGCUCUACACCCUCUUAGAGCGAAGGCAACUGGGGACGAAAUUGAAGCCAGCUUUCAAGAAUUAUAUUGUGGAAGAAGGCUCGCAGAUUGUCUUUGACGAGGAGAAGGAGGCGGAAAUGGUAGUUAGCUUGCUAGAAUUCAAGGCACAGCUGGACGACACAUGGGUUAACUCGUUCCACCGCAAUGAGGAGCUGGGUCAUGCCCUGCGCGAAGCUUUUGCAACCUUUAUGAACAAGAGCCGGAAAUCGGAAUCUACCGGCGGGACAGACAAUGUCAAGACCGGCGAGAUGAUUGCCAAGUACGUAGACAGGCUACUGAAAGGUGGAUGGAAGCUGGCAUCUGGGCGCAAUAUGGCGGACGUGCCGCUGGCCGACGAGGACGCUGAGAUUAACCGACAACUGGAUCAAGUGCUGGACCUGUUUCGAUUCGUCAACGGCAAAGCGGUGUUUGAGGCAUUCUACAAGAACGACUUGGCCCGUCGGUUAUUGAUGGGCCGAAGCGCAAGUGACGAUGCGGAGAAGAGCAUGCUAGCAAGGCUCAAGACAGAAUGCGGUUCUACGUUUACACACAAUCUCGAGUCCAUGUUCAAGGAUAUGGAUGUCGCGCGAGACGAAAUGGCUGCAUAUGCCUCGAUUCAGCGCGAACGGAGGAAACCGCUGCCGAUCGAUCUAAAUGUUAGCGUGCUCUCCGCCUCUGCAUGGCCAUCGUACCCUGAUGUGCAGGUGCGGAUUCCACCGGUCGUUGCCGAAGCAAUUGAUGACUUUGAGAAGUUUUACUACAACAAGUACAACGGGCGGAAACUCAGCUGGAAGCAUCAGUUGGCGCACUGCCAGCUGCGAGCCAACUUUUCGCACGGACAGAAGGAGCUGGUGGUUAGCUCAUUUCAAGCGAUCGUACUACUGCUGUUCAACGACGUUCCCGAGGGCGGAAGCCUGAGCUAUGCUCAGCUUCAGGAAGGGACGAAACUUUCCGACCAGGAGCUCCAACGCACCCUCCAGUCGCUUGCAUGCGCCAAGUAUCGGGUCCUCACCAAGAAGCCCAAGGGACGAGACGUCAACCCUACGGAUGAAUUCUCGUUCAAUGCGAGCUUUACGGACCCGAAGUUCCGGAUCAAGAUCAAUCAGAUUCAACUGAAGGAGACGAAGGAGGAAAACAAGAAGACGCACGAGCGGGUGGCGGCCGACCGACAUCUGGAGACUCAGGCGGCCAUCGUGCGAAUCAUGAAGAGCCGCAAGCAGAUCUCGCACGCUGAACUGGUUGCAGAGGUGAUCAAGGCGACUCGGAGCCGAGGAGUGUUGGAUGUCGCGGAGAUUAAAAACAAUAUCGAAAAACUGAUCGAGAAGGAUUACAUGGAGCGAGACACGGAGACCAGUCCCAAUAUGUACAAAUAUGUCGCAUAA